AUGAACGAAGUAGAGGAGGAUACUAUCGUGGUUCCUCACGAGGCAGGAGAAACUACAGGGGCAACAGCAAAGGAAACUAUAGAGGAUACUACAGAGGUUAUUCCAGAGGAGCCACCAACACAACGGCGAGCCAUCAAGGACAUCAAUAGCGGAUGUUCAGAUCAUAUCCUAAACAACGAUAAAAAGUUUGAGGAAUACGUAACUUUAAAAGAACCAAUUGAAGUAAAAUUAGGAGAUGGUCGAGUCAUGAAAGCAACCAAAAUAGGUCGAAGUCAAAAAUGCAUAAUCUACCUACCUUUUGCAAAUAACAGAAAAAAGGCUAAAGAAACGUUGGAAAAUAUUCGUACAGAUUUAAGUGGGCCACAUGCAACUACUGAUUAUAUAAAUUUAGUGGAAAACAUGACACCAAAAAAGGUAAAAAAUAUAACAUACGAUAACGGUAAGGAGUACAUAAAUUCCAGAGUAUAUAAAUUUGCUAGUGAGAAAGGAAUACAAAUUUUGCCACGUCCACCUUAUGUUCACGAACUUAAUGGGGCGGUUGAAAGGUAUAGUAGAUCGGUAAUGGACACAGCCAGAUGUCUAUUAAAAGAAGCUCAAGUAGAUUGUUACUCUGAAGUAGGCUAUCGAGUUUUGAUAAAUGACAGAGUGAUAGAAGUUAAACAUGUUGAUAUAGUUGAUGUUGAAGUAAAAUGUAUUAGCUUUAAGGAUGAUGAGGAAGUUGGAUCGACCAAAACCGCAACAAAUGAAAAUAUAAACGACAAUACCGUAAAUGAAAAUAUUCAUAAUAAAAAAGAACAUGAAUUAGUUUAUGAAUCUGCUGAUUCAGCUGAGGAAGAUAGAGCUGGAGUUGAAGAGGUGAAAUUGAGAAAAUCUUCAAGGGUCAGAAAAGUUAAUACUAAAUAUGCUGAUGAUUAUGUAUCUUAUUGUAUUUAUGUAAAUUAUUUUGAUACUAAUGUGCCAAAAAAUGACCAAGAAGCUAUUAAAGGGAAUGAAGCUCAAAAUUGGCGAGAAGCAAUGAAAAAAGAAAUAAUUAGUAUAAAUAAAAAUAAUACAUGGUUUUCAGUAAAAAAGCCAAAUAAAAAGAAAGUGAUUGAAGUAAAAUGGGUUUACAAAAAGAAGUCACACCAAGAAGCUAUUAAAGGGAAUGAAGCUCAAAAUUGGCGAGAAGCAAUGAAAAAAGAAAUAAUUAGUAUAAAUAAAAAUAAUACAUGGUUUUCAGUAAAAAAGCCAAAUAAAAAGAAAGUGAUUGAAGUAAAAUGGGUUUACAAAAAGAAGUCAAAUGGCAUUUAUAGGGCUAGAUUAGUAGUUAAAGGCAAUCAACAAACCGAACAAGUUAACGAUACUUAUUCCCCAGUAGCAAAAAUGGAAACAUUGAAAAUUUUAUUAUCCCAUUGCUGA